UCACACCGCCCCACCCAAGCUAGUAACUCACCUUCAGGACAUCCUUCCCAUGCUCUCAAACCCACCACACACACCAUCUCACCCCUCUGCUGGCAAGAGGGGAUCUGAUUCAUCCUCUCACUCAACACUCAUUCUACUCAACUGAUUAAGACCCCUCAGAAGAGAAACUGAAACUUCUCUGCCUUUGAACUACAACAGUGAAUGAACAGUCCCUCUCAAUUGAUUCAAAAUGUUUGUCUCACCCAGGAGAUGGAACUCACGAAGGGCUUCUCUGGCCAACGGACAUUCAUAUCUGCAGCCCUCAGCCUGCUAUCACUCAGCCUCUCCACAACAUCCCUGCUCAGCAGCUCCUGGUUUGUGGGCACACAGAAGGUGCCUAAGCCCCUGUGCGGAAAAAGUCUGGCAGCCAAAUGCUUUGACAUGCCAAUGUCCCUGGAGGGCAGCUUCCCCAACGCAUCAACCCCGGAGGUGGUUCAAUACAGCUGGGAGACUGGGGAUGACCGGUUCUCCUUCCUUACCUUCCGGAGUGGCAUGUGGCUAUCCUGUGAGGAAACCAUGGAAGAACCAGGGGAGAGGUGCCGAAGUUUCAUUGAACUCACACCACCAGCCGAGAGAGGUGAGAAAGGACUACUGGAAUUUGCCACGUUGCAAGGCCCAUGUCACCCCACUCUCCGAUUUGGAGGGGAGUGGUUGAAGGAGAAGGCUUUCUUCCCCCACCUUCCCUUGGGGCUUGUGGCAAAGAUCCUCUGGUUAUCACUGGGAGCCCAAAUCACGUACAUUGGCCUUGAGUUCAUCAGCUUCCUCCUGCUCCUGAUGGACUUGCUGCUCACGGGGAACCCUGGCUGUGGGCUUAAGCUGAGCGCCUUUGCAGCCAUUGCCUCUGUUUUGUCAGGCCUUCUGGGGAUGGUGGCCCAUAUGAUGUAUUCCCAAGUCUUCCAGGCAACUGUCAACGUGGGUCCAGAAGACUGGAGACCACAUUCUUGGAAUUAUGGCUGGGCCUUCUACACGGCCUGGGUUUCCUUCACCUGCUGCAUGGCAUCUGCUGUCACCACUUUCAACACAUACACCAGGAUGGUCCUGGAGUUCAAAUGCAGACAUAGUAAGACCUUCAAAGAAAACCCAGGUUGCCUACUCCAUCACCACCGGUGCUUCCCUCAGCAGCAGUCAUGUACAACCCACCCCGGAGGUCCUCCCACAAGCUACCACCAAUACCACAACCAGCCCAUCCACUCCAUCUCCGAAAGUGCUGACUUCUACUCAGCACUACAAGACCAGAGAUUUCAACAAGGGACCAGCCAGGAGCUGAAAGAAGUGGUUGGGUCAUCCAUAGAAGAGCAGUGCUAGUAGUUAAGUGGGUUUGGAGAGCAGGCUGAGCCCUACCUUACACGUAUUUGUUCAUUAUAAACAUCAGCUUAAGCCAAA